CUGCAUGUUUUCAUGUGUGGAUUCGAUGCAGAGUCCAAAAGUUUCAGCAGGAACCAAACCAACAACUCAGUUUCACAUGGUUUUAAACGUAGAACUCAUACGUGCCUUUAGCACCAAGAACAGACCAAUCAGGAAGAGGGUCUGUCGUUGGUAUUUGAGUCUGAUGGUCUCAGUCGUCACUCCACAACAUGGAGCUCUUAUCUCUCUGUAUCCCACUGUUGAUUCUGACACUUGUUGCUGAAGUCCACAGCCUGAAGGAUCGGAGAGACGAUGCAGCUUUUCCUCACUUCGAUCCACAACGACUGCAGUUGUUUCAGUACGAGUCGGUCUCUAUCAGCUGUGAGGAUCUGAAAGGCCUCAGCGAGUGGAGAGUGAUGAGGAGGCUGAAGGAUCUAACUCCAUCAGACACUUCUUCCUGGGAGACGUCGACCAGAUCCCGCACGAUCAAAACCGUGCAUGAAUCCGACAGCGGAGAAUAUUGGUGCGAAGACGAACACGGAGAGAAAAGUAAUGCAGUUAAUGUCACUGUUGGUGGAGAGCUGAUCCUAGAUAUUCCUCUUGGUCCUGUGAUGGAGGGAGAUGACCUGACUCUGAGCUGCAUCAUGGAGAAACCUUUCAACCGAAUCGCUGAGUUCUUCAGGGACAACGUCCGUAUCACGACGGGAUACAAAGGAGUGAUGAGCAUCUUCCGUGUGUCCAAGUCUGAUGAAGGACUCUACAAGUGCAACGUCUCCGGAGUCGGAGAAUCACCAGAGAGCUGGCUGAAUGUCCAAGGAAAAGCUACUCUGGCUGUGCACAAAGAUAAUGAUCCGUCCUCCAGUGGAACCCCUCAUCUGGUCCUGCUGUGGACCUUGACCAUUGUUUUACUGGGCUCUCUGCUUCUGCUGGGACUUCUCUAUAGAAACCGUCGAGCAUUAAUCUGCUGUUCAUCAGACGCGUCAGCACUUGGUUCCGACUUGGCCAUGAACCCAACAGCAGUUUCCAGACAAGAUUCAAGUUCAGGGGAGGUCUUCUACUCUGUGAUAAACAAAAGGCCUCGCUGACGCCUGACAGACCCUGAAGAGGAAACUUAUGUGUGUUUAUGAUAAAGUGACACCACAUUAGUCAUAGAAAUAAAUAGAAAAUGAAAAAUAAAUUGAUCACUGAUGAUAGUGAUAGACGUUAGACAGAAAAAGCCUAGUUUGUUUCUUUGUGUUACUUUAGUGUCAGAGUGAGUGCUCUGUCUGCAGAUGAGGAUCUUUGCCUGCACCUUGGCCUCUUCCAAAGGGCUUGAUCAAUGGGCGUGGCCUGGGGAGCUGUCAGCUGCUGAUUGGUUUGUCUUUAACGCCUGAAAAUUCAAACUGUUCAGUUGGACAGCAGCGCCCCCUGUUGGCUUCAGUCCCCACACAUUAGUACUACAGGUUAAUACUUCCUGUUGGAUUAACUGUUGGUUCAUCCUGCACCGUUUUCUCCUCUUUGUUCAGAGUCAGGAUUAGUCGCCGUCUUUCAGGUUCAUUAAGUUUCCUUUCAGUCAGAUGUAUCUUCAGUUUGUUGUGUGGUUUCACCCUCAAGUCCUCAUGUAGAAAUACAUUGUGGUUAUUUUGGUGUGUGCUUGUGUUUCAGUGUUUUGAGUUUUGUUUCAUGCACAGAGAAGAGACACGUCUUCUCCUGUUAAACUGAAGA